AUGGCAGCGGGGACAAUGGCGACGGCGGCCGGAGCUGCGGUGAUGCUGUACUACGUGAGUCGGAGGUUGACGAAGAAGGAGGAAGAGGAAGAAGAUGAUCACGACGGGGAUGUGUCGAAAUCAAGUAGAUCGAUUCGACGGAGAAGGAUUUCGCGGAGACCAGCUCAGGCGCCGGCGACUCUGCUUGAAUCGAUUGUGACUUUGUCUGAGACUUUACGGUUUACGUAUGCAGAGACACUUGGAAAAUGGCCGAUUGGUGAUUUAGCUUUUGGGAUCAAUUACUUCAUGCGGAAACAGGGUAAUUUGGCAGUUGCUAGUGUUUAUGCUGGAAGUGACUGUGUGCAGCUGAAAGGAGAUGAGAUUAUUGUGGAAUUGUAUGAGUUAUUGAGGCUAUUGACAUUGGGUAUGCUUUUUUCGAAGAAGCCAUUUCCUGUGUUUUUAGAUUCAGCUGGAUUUACUGUGGAAGAUGUUCUCAUGCAGAAGCCUAAAGCUGGGCUUCUGAAACCUGCUUUCACAAUUAUACGCGAUACACAGUCAAAAUGUUUACUUCUAUUGAUUCGGGGCACUCAUAGCAUAAAAGAUACACUGACAGCUGCAACUGGUGCUGUCGUACCCUUCCAUCAUUCGGUUUUAAAUGAUGGUGGGAUAAGCAACUUGGUUUUAGGAUAUGCACACUGUGGCAUGGUUGCUGCUGCUCGAUGGAUUGCAAAGCUCUGUACUCCAACCUUACUUAAGGCUCUCGGUGAAUGUCCAGACUUCAAUGUCAAGAUCGUUGGGCACUCACUUGGCGGUGGUACUGCUGCGCUGUUAACAUAUAUUCUUAGAGAGCAGAAAGAGUUCUCGUCAAGUACUUGUGUCACAUUUGCCCCAGCUGCGUGUAUGACAUGGGAGUUAGCAGAAUCAGGAAAGCACUUUAUUACUACCAUCAUAAAUGGUUCUGACUUAGUGCCCACAUUUUCAACUUCCUCUAUUGAUGAUCUCCGAUCUGAGGUCACCGCAUCCUCUUGGUUGAAUGAUUUACGGGAUCAGGUUGAACAUACAAAGGUCCUGAAUGUUGUCUACCGCUCUGCAACUGCACUUGGAUCUCGCCUACCGACUAUAUCUAGUGCAAAAGCUAGAGUAGCUGGUGCAGGUGCUAUUCUGUGGCCAGUAACCAGUGGCACUCAGCAGGUUAUGAUGAAACGUGCACAAAGUGUUGCAGAAGCUGUUGUCAGAACUCGCUCGUCGCUGUCAUCAUGGUCUUGCAUGACUGCCCGCCGACGAAAUGUCGCUCCAUUGCCGAACUCUGAUACAGAAGACUUAACAACUGAAGUUUCUCUAUUAUCUGAGAGAAUAUCUGAGUCUCUUUUGACUGAAAAGGCAGCAACAGAGUCUCUGCUUACUGAAGAAAACAAUUCCUCAGUCGCAGGAUCAGGCCACGAUGACACAGAUGAAGAAGAACAUCUCAUUCCUGCUAACCAAGACAUCACCACAUCCACUGUAGAUGACAUAACAGAAGGCCAGUUAUGGUAUGAACUAGAGAAGGAGCUUCAAAAACAGGACGACACCAUUGACAUUCAUGCUCAGGAAGAAGAGGCUGCAGCCGCAAAAGAAAUCACUGAAGAAGAAAAUCAACUUGUCGACGCCGCAGAAUGCAGUAAUUCAAUCACAACAUCCGAUAACGUAGAUAACCAUCGGUUCUAUCCACCAGGCAGAAUCAUGCAUAUUGUAUCUAUGCCUUCAUCUGAUAGCUCAGAUUCAAAUUCCGAUGAUCAUCCUAUAGAAGAACAUGUCCGCUUAUAUGAAACACCGAGAGAGCUAUACAGCAAGCUCAGACUGUCGAAAACGAUGAUAAAUGACCAUUACAUGCCAAUGUAUAAGAAGAUGAUGGAAUUACUAAUCCGAGAAUUAGAGAAAGAUAGCAGUUCUAAUAGUUUAAUGUGA